ACGCACUCACCUUCCGCCAGUGAGUGCGUACCCCCGUUCGGGAAUCGGCGGAGCGUUGGCGGCCUUGCGCCCUUGCACUCCUUAGCGGCCCGGGAGCCGGGGGCGGAGGAACCCUACGCUCGGCAGUCGUUUGUUACCUCGGCAGCAUGGCAGCUCUGAGCUCUGUCAAGCUCUUGCUGGCCGCGUCGGCGGCGCUCGGGGCUGCGUCCCGGCGCUGCCUUGUGAUCGCCGGAUCUGGAGCGGGCUCCGGGAGGCCGGGCUGGCACUGUAUGCCGAACCAGGGGAGCCCCGCCUCCUCGGAGGCGAGUCGGCGCUUUAGCUUGUCGGCCCCUAGCCGGCUCAGCUCAGAAGAUAAAGUAACCAUUCAUUUUAUAAACCGUGAUGGUGACAAAUUAACAACCCAAGGAAAAGUUGGUGACACUCUACUAGAUGUUGUUGUUAAUAAUAAUCUAGACAUUGAUGGCUUUGGUGCCUGUGAAGGAACAUUGGCUUGUUCCACCUGUCACCUUGUCUUUGAAGACCAUAUAUUUGAGAAGUUAGAAGCAAUUACUGAUGAAGAGAAUGACAUGCUUGAUCUAGCCUUCGGACUAACAGACACAUCACGCUUGGGCUGCCAAAUCUGUUUAACAAAGUCUAUGAACAAUAUGACUGUCCGAAUACCUGACGCAAUUGCUGAUGCUAGGCAAUCUAUAGAUCUGGGCAAGAAUUCAUAAACUGCAGUCAAUAAGAACAUUUUCAUGAAAUUUUACCUAGAUUUUUAUAACUAUAGUUUAUGUAAUUAAAUGAGAAGUUGCCAAAUGGAAUUUAUUGCUAUUGCUAGCUUUGAUAUUUUAAUUUGCCUUAUAAAAACUACUGUAUUUUGUAAUUCUUAAAAAUUAUGAGCCUUUUUAUUUUGGUCAAAUUUCAGAUUGUCCAACAGUUGUUAUAAAAAUUCACAUAAUAUUACUUUACAUUUGUGUAGUGUUUUCAACUUUUCAAAUUGCUUUUCCAUUACCUCAUUUUAUACUCCUUAUACCCCAUGAGGUAGGUAUUAUCAAGUGGUAUUAUCAUUAUUUGAAAUGUGCUGAGGCAGAGAGCAGUUGUGAUGUGUCCAGCACAGCUACUUAGUUAUAGAACUGACACUAGAAUAUAGGUCUCUUGACUCCUUGGCUUUUUCUAGUAGAGUGUUCACCAUCAGAUUAGGGAAAAAACAGGAGAAAUUAUGAAUGUUCCAUUAAGAAUAAUUGCUGAAUGUGUAUAUUAGUGCAGAAAAACACUUAACUGCUCAAUGAGCUGCUUCAUUUUCUGAUUAAUAUGUUAGAAUAAAUAUAAAGAUAAUUGUCUGCCUCUUACUGUGACCUUUUAGAAUUAUGAACAUUUAAGAUAAUUUGAACAUAGGUGCUACUAUACUCUAUGACAAAUCUGGUCAUGCUAUUUAAAAAGCUACAGGAAUACUUUAAAGGAAGGUGAAAUUCCUGAUUCCUUUCUAAGGAAAGUAAUAUGAACAUGUGUAAUCUUUCCUAAGUGUUUGAUUUGUAAUAUUCUUUAACAAUUAGAUGGAAUCCUUUUAAAAUUCAGCCUUUUUCUGCAGAGCCAGACAAGAAAAAAAGGCAAUAAUUUUAAUGGGCGUUGCAAUGUGAUGGUUGUAUAUGGAAGCAGGUUGGCAUUUUCAUUUUGCCUUAUAAUAACAAAUACAUUCAUUAGUAGAUUACACAAUAUACCUUUUGGAACUGGCGUAAAACCUUAUGAAUCUGAACUAAUUAAGGGGGAAGCUAACCUUAAUUAAUUAAAUUAACAGUUUUAAAGAAGUUUAGGAGUAUUGCCUUAAGUCACACAUGGCAAUAUGAACUAGUGUUGCUUAAUAAAGUUAUUUCCAUAUUUAUUAUAUAAAAUUUGUAGCAAACACAUAAAUGAUGCUUUUAAAGAACUUAACACUUUGUUAAACAUUCUUCUCCUAGCCUUGCUUCCCCUCUUAAUUUGUUUAGCAGUCUCAUUUCUCUGUCAUAAUCUUAUAAUGAACUUAAGUCUAAAUAGCUAAAUUUACCACAUAUUCCAAAUCAGUGGGGUCCCAAUUUAAAAGGUUUCAUUGUAUUCAUUCAGGAAUCAUAGAACUGAAGAAUUGGGGAGAAACCUGAAAGGUAACCUCAUCCAAAUCCCUAUCUGAAUCAUGAAUUGCUUCUUCUCUGAUGCUUGCAGACCUCUAGUGAUUAAGAACUUAUCUCAUAGCAAGCAUUUUUCACAGCUGUGAUUGUUAAGAAGUGCUACUUCUUUCACCUAAACCCUGGUUCCUUCUAACUUUUACAACUCCCAGGGACAAACAAAACAGAAUCUUUUACUAAUUUUUAUAAAAAUCAUAGCACUCCUUUGUAAAAAUUUGAGGUUUGCAUUUAUAGAGAUAAAUUAUUUUUUAGAGUUUAACUUUGGGACCUUUCAUCCACAUAUAAAAAAGUCUGACUUUUUUUUUUCAUUGUCAUUGUCCUCCUGCACUUCUUAAUUGACCUUUUUUCCUCUUAUUUUAACAUUUUGAAAGAUCAUUCAUUGUGGUUUAUUUUGGUUUUAUAGAGAAUGUUCAGUUUUAAUUUGUAGUUUCUAACAUUUCUUCUCUUGCCAGCCUAAUACUACUGAUUUAAAUGGCAAGGCCUGGAAGAGAUGUACUUCAAUUCCAUACAACAUUAAAGUUGCAUUUUCUGGCCUCUGCUCAAUUUAAAAAAAUAUUUCACAUUCUAUGAAAUCCUGCCAAAUUUAAGCCCCACUUUUUCUUCUGCAUACACUAAUACAUUCAGCAGCACAUGUUUUUGUUGUUUGUUUGUUUGUUUUUGAACACUGUACUUAUGUGGUUCAAUCCAAACCACACAAUGAUUAGGCUUCAUUGUGAUGAAACUAACUUUGCUAUUCCAAGUAACAAUGUUCCUUCUCCUGUAGUUUUGUAUCAGAGGCAGAAUCACAUAGGGGAUAGAGGACAAACCUGAGAGUCAGAAAGUCUUGCUUUGGACUCAUACUGAUGUGUGAUCCAUAGGCAGGUUGCUUAAGCUCAUAAGUGCCUACUUAACUCGGUAAGCCUAUACAUUUUAUGCAGUUUUCCAAUCUGUUUCCUCUUCUUUAAAAGGAAUGGUUUGAGGUAGGUUUCUCUAAGCUCUUAAAUCUGUGAUGAAUCUGAGAUUUGAGUUGGUGAUGGGAGUUUAUAUGCUGGGAAUUUUUUUUAACCAAUAAAAUCACAAGUCCACAGUCAAAA